CUGUAAUGUUACAGUGAAAUGAUAUCGGGCUCUUAUCAUAUGUAUUCCUUCCUUUAUAUUGCUGCCACUUGCUUAAUGCAAAUUUACCGGUGUAUGGUAGCUGCACAACCACAGCCGUUACUCGUUAGUAUAUAACCUGACGGCGGAAUACACCCCAUCAACAGCUGUGUGUGCUUCCGAAACGUUUAAUUACUUUCUACUUGCGUGUUAUUUUAAAGCGGUUGACUACUGUAGUCGUUUUCAGUGAAAUGGCCGACGCGUCCGAAGGAUGCUCAUGCUCAGUCGGUGUGAUACUAGCAUCGGUUGCUGCAUUGUUAAUAACGUUAUGGAUUUUCAUUCGUCCUAAACGCUCGAAAACCCUUCCACCGGGACCACCAACAAAACCUCUUAUUGGCAACAUGGACAUAUUUCUCAAGGGCGACGGCUUUCAAAGACUGGAAAGUAUAAAGAAAGUAACGGAAGAAUAUGGCAAAGAUGGGAUGUGCACGCUUUACGUCGGCCAUAGACCGAAUGUUAUGGUCAGCGAUUAUGAACUGAUAAAAAAAUUGACCAAUGAUGAGAAAUUCACCGGUCGCCCACGUGGCAUGCAAGACAUCCAUUUUCGACGCAAAGGGUUACUGUUUACGGAAGGCGAACUCUGGAAAGAACAACGUCGCUUCGCAUUAACCACCCUCCGCGACUUCGGGAUGGGCAAAACCUGGCUGCAGGAUCUCAUCAUCGAAGAAGCCCAAGAACUGAUUAAUGAUUUGGAAGCCGUUAGAGAACGUCCCGUUAAUCCCAAUAACUACCUGACGCCCAGUGUCGCCAACGUCAUCUGUGCCAUUUCCUACGGCGAGCGCUUCAGUCAUAAGGAUGAGAACUUUCGCCGCCUGACCACGCUGAUUGGCCAGAAUGUGACGCUGGCCGCCAAAAUGCAGGCCAUGCAGGUGUACCCGUGGCUCCGCUGGAUUCCCUUCACUCGGCUCCGCCAGAACUAUUUGGCACUACAAAAAAAUCUAAAGGAUGUCGGAGUGUUCCUGAGAAGGCUGAUUACCGAACAUAAGAACAAUCUGGAAGGGGAACCAAGAGAUUAUAUUCACGCUUUUCUGUUGGAAGCAGACCGACAAAAAACAAAACCCACAACAACGUUUACCGAUGAGCAGCUGGAAAAAGCAGUAUUUAAUUUAUUCGGCGCUGGUACGGAAACAACUUCCACUACUUUAACAUGGGCCAUCAUUUUUCUUCUUGAGAACCCGGAAGUGUACAAAAAGGUUCAAGCGGAAGUCGAUAAGGUCGUACCAGAUGGUGGAUUUCCCAAUUUGGAAGAGAAAGAAAGUAUGCCGUAUUUGCAAGCAGUUAUCCAGGAAGUUCAGCGGUUGGCUAAUCUCGUUCCAUUCCCAAUACGCACAACCACCGAGGAAGCCCAGUUAGGCAAUUAUCAUUUGCCAGCCGGCACCAUGGUUUCUCCUAAUCUGUAUGCCGUACACAAAGAUCCCAAAUAUUUUCCUAAUCCGGAGAAAUUCGAUCCUCAACGCUUCUUGGACGAGAAAGGACAGAUCAAGAAAGUCGACGGAUUCUUCCCAUUUUCUAUUGGUAAACGCUUCUGCCUGGGUGAAUCAUUGGCCAAAAUGGAGCUGUACAUCUUCUUCGCAAGUCUGCUGAAACAUUUCAACUUCGAACUGGCACCAGGAGAAACUAUUUCCAGUCGGAAGUCCAUCUUUGGCAUCGUUAAUGCACCGGUUCCGUACAAGAUAAUUUUUAAACGGCGGAACAACUGAGAAGCUUGGAAGUAAAAAGCGUCAACGGAUGAAAGGGGCCACCGAGUUUAAUUUGAGAGGCAGUGCAUUUAUCGCAAGCCCGUAAAUACUGAUGUCAAGCCUGGUGUGACAGUUUUCUGCAUUUGCCGAUUUUUUUGCGAGCUUUAUCGCAUCGUAUACCGUAUGCAUUAUACAUACUAUGUCCACGAUGAACAUAAAGGUCGGAGAUGUCUUUAAUUAACCUCAUCUACUGUUAAAAAAGUAUUAUGUUUUAAGUAACAAGAAAGUUCUAAAAGAAACCGGUUAUUUGGAUUUUUCUAUUUGGUUUAAACGUCGCAGUUAAUGAGAGCUUUUCAGCUCUUCUUCGAGGAUGUGUCAGUAUCCGUCAUUAAAGCU